AUGCCCCUCCCAACGCGCAAAAUCGGCACGGACGACGUCACAGCCAUCGGAUUCGGGCUCAUGGGGUUAUCUGGAUUCUACGGGGCAGUAGAUACCGACGAGGAGCGGUUCAAGCUCCUUGACGCGGCGGUGGAGAUGGGAUGCACGAACUGGGACACAGCCGCGAUGUACAACGACAGCGAAGAGCUCCUCGGGAAAUGGUUCAAACGCACAGGCAAACGCUCCCAAAUCUUCCUCGCCACCAAAUUCGGGAUCACACCGCAAGGUCCAAAUGGCAAACCUGAAUACCGUAUGGAUCAGACGGUGCCGAUUGAGGUCACAGUCAAAGCCAUGGCCGAACUCGUAAAAGAAGGCAAAGUGCGCUACCUCGGCCUCUCCGAAUGCUCCGCCUCCACCCUGCGGCGCGCACACGCCGUGCACCCCAUCGCCGCCGUGCAAAUCGAGUACUCCCCCUUCUUCCUCGACAUCGAGGAGGAGCACGUUGGGUUGCUCAAAGCGUGCAGAGAGCUGGGUGUCGCGGUUGUUGCGUAUUCGCCCCUGGGAAGGGGGUUGUUGACGGGGACUAUUAAAUCAAAUGCGGAUUUCGGAGACGACGAUUGGAGAAAGGCGAUCCCAAAAUACAGCGACACCAACAUGCCCAACAUCCUCAAACUCGUCGAGGGCCUCGAAACUUUCGGGAAAAAAUACAGCGCAACUCCAAGUCAAAUCGCACUUGCGUGGUUGCUGGCUCAAGGGGACGAUAUCAUUCCUAUUCCCGGUACGAAGAAGAUCAAGUACCUCAAAGAAAACAUCGAAUCCCUGAACAUAACCCUCUCACCCGAAGACAUCGCCUCCAUCAGAACAUUAGCAACCACAAUAAACCCAACAAUUAUCGGCGGACGCUCAAGGAUGAUGAACCUCUUGUUCGCCGAUACACCUGCAUUGUAA